AUGAAAAACGAGAUUUAUCGGAAGAUAAAAAACACAGUGAAAAGGAUGUAUCUGGAACAAAUAAUUCUGAUUCGAAAUCAGGUUAUAAACUAACCACAGAUCAAGAUUUUCAAAUGUAUCUUGAUGAAAUUCAACCACAAGUUACAAAAGUACCAUUAUCAGAACAAAUAUCAACUUUAGCAAGAUUUGUAAGUGAAAAAAUGGGUGGUACAAUUUCACCUGAUGAUGUAGCUACAUUUGGAUAUGAAGUAGCAAUGAAUCAAUUAAAAACUGAACUUCAUUCAAAUGUUAUACCAAUUGGUCGAAUACGAAAAGGUAUUCAUGCUCAACGAGCGUUUUUAUUCAAAACAUUAGCUGAUCGACUUGGAAUACCGUGUACAUUAACACGAGGCAAUUAUAAUCGUGCUUGGAAUGAAGUUAUUCUUGGUCAAUCAUCUGGGGCCGUUCGAUAUCCAGCUAAAACAUGGAUUGUCGAUUUACUUCAUGAACCAGGUCGACUACUUCUUGCUAAUUCUUCUGAUGCUCGAAUUUACACAAUACUCUCUUAA